ACUCUUUCGUCGCUAGCUUGACACUAGUUGUGAUGUUAGCUUGUUUUCUUGGACGCUCCUAGCUCUGAUCUCACCGCCCUGCUAAUUGCCUCACGCCCCCCUCAGGAAACCAUGGCCUCGGAGGCCUCGGGAUCCCCUCAGUCGUCCCAACAUGACGCGGUGCUACAGCAGCGAGUGGCAGCUCUGGAGCAGGAGAGGGCCGAGUUCAUCAAACUCAAGCAGCAGCUGGAGGUGGAGUUCAACCAGAAGCGGGCCAAGUUCAAAGAGCUUUACCUCUCCAAGGAAGAGGAGCUGAAGAGGCAGACAGCUGCACUGGAGGACGCCCAUUCCGAGCUGAGCUCCGUCCAGACCCAGCUCUCUCAGGCCCGGGCUGAGAUAGAGACCAUCAAAGCUGUCGCCACCGUGUCGGAAAACACCAAACAGGAAGCCAUCGACCAAGUCCGCAGCCAAUGGCAGGAGGAGGUGGCCUCCCUGCAGGCCAUAAUGAAAGACACUGUGUGUGAGUAUGAGGUCCAGUUCCACCAACGCCUGGAGCAGGAGCGUGUCCAGUGGAACCAGUAUCGCGAGGCGGUGGAGAGGGAGCUGGGCGAGCUGAGGCGCCGGCUCUCCGAGGGUCAGGAGGAGGAGAACCUGGAGGAUGAAAUGAAGAAAGCCCAGGAGGAUGCAGAGAAGCUGCGUUCAGUAGUGAUGCCUAUGGAGCACGAGAUCGCAGCCCUGAAGGCCAAACUGGCCACAGCCGAGGAGAAGGUGAAGGAGUUGGAGGCCUCGAAGGUCAAGGAGCUCAAUCACGUUCUGGAGGCUGAGAAGUCGUGUCGUACGGACCUGGAGAUGUAUGUCGCUGUGCUGAACACGCAGAAGUCCGUCUUGCAGGAGGAUGCGGAGAAACUACGGAAGGAGCUUCAUGACGUCUGUCACAAGCUGGAGUUGGAGCGGCAGCAGCACAACCAGCUGAAGCACACAUGGCAGCGAGCCAACGACCAAUUCCUGGAGUCUCACCGCCUCCUUAUGAGGGACAUGCAGAGGAUCGAGAGCGUGCUGUCAUCAGAACAGCUCCGCCAGGUGGAGGAGAUGAAGAAGAAAGACCAGGAGGAUGACGAAAAGGAGCGCCUGAGUCAAGUGAAGGACCUGCAGGAGGACAACGGAGGAGACAACACCGAGCCUUUGGAGGACUUAUUCCUCGGCCUCAGCGUCGAGGAGCCCCAUGUGAACCACAGCGCCCACGGCUCUAUGCACUCCUUAGACACUGAUGUGGUGACGGGCAGCCCCAUGGACCCUUACAAGGACAACUUGCGGCGAGUUCAGUCCACAGACAGCCUCGGUUCCUCGCUGUCCAUCCAGCAGGGUCUUGGCGGCCAGAACCACAAGGCCAAAUCAGCAGGCCACUUGGACGAGUCGGACUUUGGGCCCUUGGUUGGGGCCGACAGCGGGGUGACAGACAGUAGUUUUGGAGAGACUGCUUCAAUCAGCUCAAUCAAGCUGCCGACAAGUCACUUCCUGCUGACUAAAGACCAGGAGAAGGCGAUCAAAGCCAUGACCCCGGAGCAGGAGGAGACGGCGUCGCUGCUGUCCAGCAUCUCUCACGCCCCAGACACCGCUUACUUACCGCCUGCCGGCUACCGGCUCGUCAGUGACAGCGAGUGGAACCUGCUACAGCAAGAGUUGAAAAAUGCUGGCAGGAAGCUCGGACGAAGGUGCGACAUGUGCUCAAACUAUGAGAAGCAGCUUCAGGCCAUCCAAGGACAGGAGGCCGAGACGAGAGAUCAGGUGAAGAAGCUGCAGGUGAUGCUACGUCAGGCCAACGAUCAGCUGGAGAGGACGAUGACUGAGAAGCAGAAUUUGGAAGAUUCAGUCAAAGCAGGAAACGAGGAAACCGCUGCUAAGGUAUCUGGCCUCAUGCAGAGAGUCCAGGAAUCAGAAACACUGCUCGGCACACUACAGCAAGCCUUCAGUGACGCUAAGAGGAACACACAGGAACAGAUGGCGGUGCUGCUGAAGUCCAGGGAGCAGGUGGCAGAUGAGCUAAGUCGACUACAGAGAGAUAACGAGAGUCUGCAGGGGAAGCACAGGCUGCAUUUAGAACUGCAGCAGCAAGAAGACUUCCAAAUGCCCACUACUGUUCAAGAGCUCCAGGGCCUGGUGCUGCGGUUGCGUGAGGACAUGGUGGCGUUACGGACGUCGGCCGAUCACAUGGAGGAGAAGCUGAAGGCUGAGAUCUUAUUUCUGAAGGAGCAGAUCCAGGCGGAGCAGUGCCUGAAGGAGAACCUGGAGGACACUCUGCAGCUGGAGAUCGAGGGAUGUAAGGAGGAAAUAGACAUCCUGGAAGCGUCUUUCUCCAGUUUGAAGACGGAGCUGGAGCGAAUAAAAGCGGAGAAGGAACAGCUGGAGAGCAGUUUGGCCGAGAAGACUGAGACACUGAGGAGCCUCCAGGGCCUGAGGAUCAGCCUGGAGCAGCAGCUCAAAGAGCUCACCACUGCAAAGAGUGCACUUGAAAGUCAAGUCCUCGACGAGAAAGACAAAGCCCAGCGGCUGCAGACCGAGCUGGACGUCAGCGAGCAGGUUCAGAAGGACUUUGUGAAACUUUCUCAGACCCUUCAGGUACAGCUGGAGCGGAUACGACAGGCGGACUCCUUGGAUCGAAUCAAAGUAAUCCUCAAUGACACCAACUUGACUGACAUCAAUCAGCUUCCAGACACAUGAUACCACUGAAGGACAACUGCCUUCACUUUCAUUUCCCCUUCUUUCUAUUUCACCGACCCAGUAACAUAUUACCCGACCCUUCCUCUUCUUCUUCUUCCUCCUCCUCCUCCCCCAUAACCACCUUGGAAGAGUUUGGAGGGACAUGGACAGAUGUGGCAUGAGGAGCUCAUGGCCUUUUGUGUACAUUAGAAGUCUCUGAACACACCACAGAUAGAAUAAUGAAGAAGAACACUACUAAAAAAAUAAAAUGUAAAUAACUAAAUGUGGACGGAGGGAGCGGGCGGAGGUGCUUCUCCCUGUGGGUUCUGUCUGUCUCGUUUCUACUGUAGAUACGACUGUCUGUAUUAGCUCGACCAAAAAAAGGUUUGUCGUCCUCUGAAGCACUUUUCAUCUGCGACUUCUCUUUCCAGGUAAAUAGAAAAUAAUUGGAUGCAUAAAUUUUCCUCCGUCUGUUCUCAAAGCGGUUGAUAAUGGCUUCCUUUCUCCUCUUGCUUGUGCUUUCCGUGUUUUGUUUUGGUUUUGUUUGUUUUUUUCCUUUUUCCUCCAGUUUUCUUGCUCUUUUUUUUUUUUUUUCUCUUUGUGACAUUUCAACCCUCUUCUGGUCAUUUUUAACUCUGUGACAGCAGCACGAUGAAGGAUGGAAAAUACUUGCACAUAAUUUAACUGGGAUAAGAAAAUAAGGAACGUAACAAAAUGCGAGCAAUACCCUUCAUGUCUUCAGCACCCUCUGCUGUGUUUUUGCUCUGUUUGUUGCUCUUUAGUGUCUCACAGAAACCUUUUUUUUUUUUUUUAAAGCUGCAGAAAUACAGUGAAGAAACAUUAGUCACGUUCAAACUUGUGUUUCUCAACAUGUUUAAAAAAAAUUAAAAGAAGAAACACUAGUUACUCCAGGUCAUGUCAGGUAAACGGAUGUUUAGGUGAUGAGGGAAAUUACAGAAUUAAAACUGCAAAGUAAUGGCUUUUAACACACACUUUGUUCCUGGUAUUCUUUGCUUUUUUUGACUUUCCUUGAUGUAUAUCUGAAGAUUUUAAUUUAUCGCGGGCUUUUUGAAGGUGUGAUGGAUGGAUGGCACGCAGACAUGUUGUCCCCACGACGAGUGAUUUUUCUAAAGUGUAAAGAAACGGUUCAUUCAUCACUACGAGGAUUCUGUUGUCUCUGAAGCUACUAAUUAAAUUAAAUCACCUUUAAGUGUCGGGGUCUUUCUCUCUAAGGACUUCAGCGCACCAGAGGCUAACCAUCAGUGGCCUGUGGUUCAUGUGUAAUUGGGUAACAAAACAAAACAAGAAUAACUAAAUGAAGGUGCUGCAGUUGUUCAUGGAGAACACCAAACCAGUCAGUAAAAAUCACUUCAGCUGGUUCUACACGACCAAAAUUGUAUAAAUGCUAGCACUAGCUGCCACAUCUACAAAGGAAAAAAAAACUGCAGUCUUUAUAAUGGCCAGCAUGGGGCGACUUGGUCUCUAGGUAAAAAUGUGUUUCCACACCAGUUGGCAAGUAGUUGUUGGAGGUUGCUACUUGUUGCAAAUGAUGAAGUUUAAAUGACGACUAUUUGCAGAUAAGCCGGUGUUAAUCCAUGCAAACUACUGCGUCCACGGCAAUCUGCUAGCGACCAAAGCAAUCGCAAGGAAGUUCAUUUUUUUGUUUUUUUUAAGAUCAAUUUCAGGCUAGCAACUGCCUGCAAUCUCCAGCAACCAUUUUCCAACAGGUUGCAGAGCACCCAGUGUUUAGCAGGGCGUCACCCACUGGUCUCUAAGCCUGCAUGACUGGGCCUAGAGAGACCGCCACCAACCUUCUGCAAUCACUCGGCAACCUGUUGUGGAAGCCUUUUCUUUAGCAACUGGUGGUUGUUACAUUAUCAGUCUCUAGGCCUGCGUGAACCUGAGGCCUAAUGUUGAAAUCAAUGGAAAAAUAAACGUUCAGUCCCUUUCAUCUCGGUAAACACUUUCCUGAUGAGUUUACAGUUUCACUCACUAGUUUUUUGUAAAUUAUGGUCCCCAUCAGAUUAAAAAGGGACUUGAGCACACAGCCUCUCAGUCAGUAUACUCUCCAACCAAUGAACUCUUGUUUCUAAAUGCUCAGACUCAGACAAACCUUAUUCAACCCUUCUGAGUAUCUGACAUUCAAAUGUGCUUAAUGUCACAGUUCUGCUGUGAAAAGCUGAGAACAAACACUUGGAUUUAUUUACAAAGUUCACAGCCCACCAUUAGUAGCAGAUUUAAAGGUUACUUACUCUGCCCACUUCCAGCUCUAUAUCUUUAUUCUUAGACCCGAGUAGGAUAGCUUUGCAUGACUGGAUGAUUAAAAUAAUACUUGUUCGACUUAAACAGUGCCUAUCUGCAUUUGUUUGAAAUGAGAUCUUUUAGUGCCACUGUUUCUUCAGAUUUGCUGCCAGCUUUGAGCAGCAGGUGGGUGAGGCUGACCAUGACAUAAGACCGAGCAAAGACAAGACGAAUCUGCCAGAAACGGUGUGUUUAGAGCUUGUAAAUAUGUGUUUAAUAUGAGCAUCCAUCAUUAUAACAGUACGAGAGAAAAUAAAAGUGUAAUAGGUCCCCUUUAGAUAUGAGAGUAUGGUUCAAAAACGGUCUGGUUGUCAUGCAUGCAUCUCUUCUCUCUUUAAAGUCUGUGUCUUGUUGCCGUUUGUGCUUUUCACACACGGGUAUAUUUGCUAACACUUUCUGACAGCUGCUGCUGGAAGACAUUCAUCGUGUUGCUUUCAUGAAAACUGACAGAAGUCAGCGAGAAGUCGAGUGACAGUUCGCUUCACUAUAAAAGAGUGUCAUGCUGAUUUUUUUUGACAUGAACGACAAACUGCGAGCACUUCCACUGCCUUUCAGGAGCAAACUGCCAGAAACUGUGCACCGCCGCUUCCAAAUUUAAACUACUUCCCUUCAGUUUUCUCUUUGAAAGCGACCUGGAGGGACAUCCACAAACACCUCUCAUCUCAGACACAUUCCACAAAAUUUGUAAUGUGACCCAAAGUGCUGAUUUACUACUGACAGUCAGAGGUUUUUGGACAAGUGGGUAUAUUUCGUAGCUGGUCUCCAUGCUCUUUGGACACCUUUACAAGAACUCCAGCUGUGCAUUUUCUUCUGCUAAUCCAAUAUAUGGUGAUUGGGUGGAGGAAAGAUGGGGUACAACAUGGCCAUGUCACCAGUUUAUAGCACAGACUGUCACCGACAGCCAGUUAGCCAGUUCAGAAUUGCCAAUUAAUCCAACAUAAAUGUCUUUGGACCCAUGUAGGCACAGGGAGAACAUCCAAACUCCACACAGAAAGGCCUCCGCUGGCUGGUGGAUUCAAACUUAGGACCACCCUGAUGUGAGACAGCAGUGCUAACCACUACAUCAAUGUGCCGCCCACACGGCACACUGCUCUGUUCACUUAUAAAGCACUAACCUCAUUCCAGGCUCUGAGUGUGCAGUGUGUAGCUACAUCACUGUUAGUCUCUUUCUGUUUAUGAGGUUCCAACCAGGGCUAUUAUAGUUGACUAGUACACUAAAACCAGGUGUGAGACAACAUUUUAACUCACUGAAGUAAAAGUAGUUCUAGCAUGAGACUUUACUAAAGCUGCUCAAAUUUGUCAACAAGCAUCAGAAGGCUUUGGUUCAUGUGUUUUCUGUCACAACAGUGAUUUUCAUGCUGUGAUGGACGUCACCUGUCCAGAUCCAGGUGUACCCCCGCCUCUUGCUUUAUGACAGCUGAGAUUGACUCCAGAGUGGUGAGCUUGAACUGGAAAGGCUCUUACACGGAUGGAUGAAUGGAGGUGGAUGUGUUCCCGUCACGAGGAGUUUUAUUCUUAUCUUCUUAAAUCUCGACCCUUAGAAAUACAACCAACAAUCAUAAAGAAAACUAAAAUUACCAACUUUAUUUAAAAAGCACUUUAAAACAGCCACAG